GCCUACACGUUUUUCGACUAUUUACUGCCAUAGCAGGCUAAUUGGCUGCAGCUUUUGAUCUCACCAUUCACGUCUUGGGAGAGAACCCAUGUGCUAUAUUUAUCCUACCGCAACUAGCACUAUUCCUCAUACAAGCUCCCGAGUGAACAUGAACAUGUUCAUGCCUAUGUGAAUGUACAAGUAGCCUGUUUUAAAAUUCUGUUUUCGCUUUUAGGCUGUAGGUACAUUUCAGUUGACUCCAUAUCGUCGAGCCGGUCGUCACCACAUACCCAAUAGGAUUACACGUAGGUCAAAACGAGACACAUUCGUUGGAGACUGUUCAGGAACGAAGAUUUGACAGUCAUCAAUAACGAUUUAAGGCUUGCUUUCGCUUUUUUUUUUAAAUCCUUUUUACAGCACUAAUUGAGCGUGCCGAAUUUUGGGAAAUCGUUUUGACAAUGAUGUUCACUUUCGCUGCCUUCUGCUAUAUGCUCUCCUUGGUUCUCUGCGCUUCCUUGAUCUUCUUCGCCAUUUGGCACAUAACAGCCUUUGAUGAGCUGCAAUCAGAUUUCAAAGUCCCCAUUGACCAGGGCAAUCCACUACAUGCGCGUGAAAGGCUCCGGAAUAUAGAGAGAAUCUGUAGUCUCCUGCGAAAGCUGGUCCUCCCAGAGUUUGCCAUUCAUAGCCUUUUUUGCAUCAUGUUCCUUUGUGCUCAGGAGUGGCUGACAGUGGGACUCAAUAUCCCUCUCUUGUUCUACAAUACAUGGAGGUACUUCCAUAGUCCAACUGAUACAAAAGAAGUUCUCUAUGACCCUGCCUCUGUCAUGAAUGGGGACACACUCAAGUUUUGCCAAAAAGAGGCCUGGUGCAAGAUGUCCUUUUUUGUGCUUUCCUUUUUCUACUAUCUAUAUUGUAUGAUCUACUCUCUGGUCCCAUCAUAACAGAAAAUCACACACCACCAAAGGAACUUGAUAUCAGGGAUUGUUUUCUGAAAUUCAAGUAUUAUACAAGCAAUGGAAAUGCUAUCCUUCCUGGACAACAUCCCUUUUUGUUGAUUGACUGAUUAACAGGAAUCUUUAUAUAUUUUAUUUAUCUAUUUUGUUUUUAAAUGAAUGAACAUAUUCAUCACGUCAACAAAAUGUGUUACACUAUGUGACCGGAAAAGCAAUAGCUGGGCCGCUUUGAACUCUUUGGGUAACAGUUAUAGUAACUACAUUUAGGAUGUAGCAGGAACAUGGAGUAACUCAGCAAGUUAUUAUAAAGUGUGAGCCUGUGAUGACAUUUACAUUUGCUAACUCAAAAUUAAAUGAAGAGUAUAGUGAAAUGAUUCCAGUCUAAUGCAGUGAGUAGUGCUUAUUUUGACUUUUGCAAACAUUUUGUUUAGAUGUCAAUUUAGUUUACAAAUAUCUAGGUUCACCUACAAAGUAUUUUCACAGACAAUUAAACAUGAUGGAAAUAUGUGCUUAAUUAGUGAAGCACUAUGUCAUGUCUGGUUGUAAGUAGAAUUAUAUCUUGGGGUUUUGAUGGGGUCCUGAAGACAUUUAUUUUCCUAUACUGACCAGAGAAUAAUGCAUUAUCCCACUUACUAUGCAGCUACUUGCCAAAAUCACACUCUUCACACAAUUAUCUCUUUUUAUUUUGUUUCCAUUUUGUGGCUUCUGCUGAGAAAACAAAAAUGUCUUCACAUCAAUCAAACAAAGUUUUGCACAACAUAUCCUGUUAUUACCAGAUGUAAUGUCUUAUGUAAUAAAUACUGAGAAUAACUGAUACAGAUGUGCUCAUAAGUUUACACACCCAUGCUAAAGUUGACUAAAAAGAGGAAUAAAAAAUCAUCUUCUACCGAUCACCGCUGGGACAGUUGUGUCAUGACAUGACAUCAUGACAUGCACACUACACUUUAGGAAAUUACACAAACUCAUCUCUCAGCGCGAGCCACCUAGCCGCACAGUUGUGUAGCUGUGAAGAGCAGCAACCGAAGUAUCAUCACAGAGGCUAGUCAUUGCUGUCAUUGACGCCAAUGCUGUCCGAGAACACUUACAUUUCUUCUUUUAUGGUGUAAAGUAGGUAGCGAUAGCCUUUUCACAACAGCAACACCUCUGUUCAGGAGAAUACUGCAACUAGUGUUGCGACCACCAUGUGUGAGUAUAAAUAGUUACGGUGAUCCUGUGACGUCACAUCGCCGCUUGACAGGUUGGUAAUGGUGAGUAUAAUGACCGCAUCAGGAGCUAGGGAAAAAGGCUCAGCAGACUCUCCUGCAAACCCUAAGAUGCACCGGGCUCCCGCAGGAACUCCUCACAAAUUUGUACAGGUGACCAAAUGGUGAGUGUGCUGGCAUACAGCUGUAGGCUACAGUGUAAAGACCUGCAGCGGGUGAUUAAAACAGCCCAGAGAAUCAUUGGUGCCCCUCUCCCAAGCCUUGUGGACAUUUACUCCAGUAGGCUGCAGAAAAGAGCAGCAAGCAUCAGAGCGGACCCUACACAUCCUGGCCAUAUCAUUUUUGACACCCUACCCUCAGGCAGGCUUAGGGUCCUGAGGAGUUAGCCUAAUAGCUGGUUUGAUUUGCAUUCAGAGAUG